AUGCCGCACUCAUUCGGUUACCGCGCGCGCACGCGCCACAUGUUCAAGCGGGGGUUCAAGGAGCACGGCCCAAUCAAGCUCUCCACCUUCCUCAUCAACUACCACGUCGGAGACAUCGUUGACAUCAAAGCCAACGCUGCCCAGCACAAGGGCAUGCCCCACAAGUACUACCACGGCCGUACUGGCAUUAUCUACAAUGUCACGCCCUCUGCUGUCGGUGUUAUCGUGCACAAGGUUGUCGGCAACCGCUACCUCGAGAAACGCGUCAACCUGCGGGUCGAGCACAUCCGCCACUCAAAAUGCCGUCAAGAGUUCUUGGACCGGGUCAAGAAGAACCACGAUGCGCAUGCUGAGGCGAAGGAGAAGGGUGAGCGUGUCAACCUGAAGCGAAUCCCCGCCCAGCCCCGGGCCGCCCGCACCGUCACCGCUGUGUCGUCGGGCAACGUCCCACAAACGAUGGUGCCUGUACCAUACGAGACGACGAUCUAG